UAUACACUAUUCUAGCGUGCAACCUGUUUAGGUGAGAAACAUGUCAACAUUAUUAAUAUAUUUAUGAAUUUGUGUAAUCUACAACUUUACACAAAACCUGUAUAAUCUGAUGUCAACCCAUCACUGUUUAAUAGGACAAAAGCAGCGAGGAGACGUUUGCUGUUGGACGGUUCAAUGUAAAGCUGAGGACUUUAAACCCUGUAACACACAGAACAGCACAGAUGUUUGUGUUCCAUGUCCAGAAGGACAAUACAUUGCAGAUACUUACGAGACAGAGUGGUUUGAACGAUCACAAUGUGUAGACCGGCCCACAUGCCUACAAGAACAAAUACGAAAUGAAAAAGGCAUUUGUGUAUGCGAUCGAACUAAAGGAUAUAUAAAACAAAGUGGAGGCGAUGAAAGUAUAUGUGUUUUAACUUUAGUCGAAUGUAACAAGCCUGGCGAGGAGCUACAUGAAUCAGGAUAUUGUGGUAAUUGUAAUAAGGGAUUUUACAAACCAGAGUCUAGUAAUUACCUUUGUCGAAGAAAAACAAAUAUAACAUGUCAAGAUGGCGAGACAGUCAAAGAAGGUGACAGAUUUACUGACCGAUCAUGUGUUCUUAAUCCACUAACUAAACCUUUAUUUACAACAGAAAGGACGAGUUCUACUACUAGAUCAAAUUCAACUUCCAAUGGAGAAUUUCCUAUAGGAGCUGUAGUUGGUUCGAUAUGUGGUGUUGGCAUUAUUAUUCUUCUUAUAGUCAUAAUAUUUCUUCUACUAAAAAAGAGGAGAAAAGGGCGAAAAAGAAAGCAAAAGAAAGAAAAUGCAGAAAACGGAGAAACAGAACUCUUGAAAAGUGGAAUUGAGCAUGAAGAAAACAAAGACACAAUGGAUACUUUAAAGGAGGAAACUAUGAGUUAUAAUAGUGGCCUUAAGGAAAAUAACAAGAAAGCUACUGCAGUCCCUAUUGACGAAGAAGAAACCUUUGAAAAGCAACCACCAAGAAACACAGAAGAACAAAAUAUCCCUACUGAUGAUACAGUGCGCUUUGAUGAGGAGGAAACAUCUGGAAACCAACCACUUCGAAUUUCAGGACAACAAAAUAUACCUUUUGCUGAUGAAGAAGAAUCUCAAAGGGGUGCAAGAGGCAGUGUUGCUGACGAAGAACAGAACCACCAUAGGCCUGUCGCAACGGUAUUGGCUCAAGUUCAUGAUCAACCUCGGCAGCCUUCUCUUCCUUUGUUAAAUGAACAACCAUAUAAUGACGAUCAAGGGCGUAUCGUAAAUGGUCCAAACUCAUUUUCCUUACAAAUGCAAAAUGGACAUAUGAACCAUGUUGGAAAUAAUGGGGUUCCUCGAGGAGUGCUGGUUGUUGACAGUCUUUCAUCAGAUCCUUAUGAUCCCAUAAGGCCCUCUGAUGAGUCAACGUCAAGCUAACGGUGCAUUUCAAGACAUGGCUUUGUAUUUCAUUUCGUUUUGAUAAACAACAACCAAACAUUGGUAUGCUUGACAAAUAUGUCUUGUAGUUGAUUUUGAGAUGACAAAAAGGAUGGUAUAAUAUAUCUAUACUAAAAGGAGAUUAAAUACCAAAGUCAUACGUUUAUAUUAGACAAUAAGCUUUUUAGUGAGAAUACUGCCUAUAACAUAAUAUAGAACACGAUUGAUGUAUUGUUCUUUGCUUAAUAUCGAGUAGUGCCACUACAGAACUAAGUACAAUUAGGAAGAAAAAUUUGCCGUCCAACAGGGUGCCUCCAAAGCUUUCUGAGACUUGUUGCAAGGAUUCGAGUACCAUGCAGAUAAUAAUUAUACACUGAUAUAGAUUAUCAACCAUUUUAAUUGCUAUAAUUACUUUCAAAUCGGAUAUGACGUUUUAUAUCUGUUAUAUUUGUUAACGUGAUUUGUACUCUUUUGACGGAUGCAGAAUGUUUGUGUAAAUUUGGACUAUAAAACAAACAAAUGAAACUAUAAAAUUCAUUCCAAUCGAAUUGCAUGAGUUAUCAUCGGUAAAGAUGUAGAAGAAAAACAGCAAACAUUAGAAUUUGAAAAAGUGGGACAUGUCGAUUGCAUCAAAUUUGAUGUAUAACGGUUGUGUAAAACAAUAUUUGUUUUUCUCAUUAUGACGAUAUGCGUAUUUUUACAAUGCAAUUCGUGAGGUUGACACUUUUCUGUUAGUCAUUUAUUGUUUUAUAUGAGUAUACCAAAUAAUUCUUACUCAUAAUUGUUCAAUGUUUACAUGUUUUUGCGUAAGAAUUCUGAAAAUGACAUUAUUUUCAAUUAUGACCUGUGAAUCGAAUACAGCAUUAUCAUAUCUACAUAUUUUUUAAAUAGUUUUUUUUUUAAAUAUCACAUAUAAAAUCAAAAUUAUGACUCUUAUAUAGACAUAGCAGAAA